UAGUACAAGUAAACGAAGUUAAAAAUAUGGAAAAGGUCUUGGCCAAGGUUGCGAGAGAAGCCCGCCGAAGUGAAGUGCGCGCCUUCUGUUUGUUUACCGGGAAAAACACGAAUUGUAUUUGUCGGAAUUGUCGCACAACCCUCUGUUCCUUACACAACUCCUUGUUCCAAUCUUCUUCUUCUUUUCUCUCUCUCUCUUUCUGACGAUCUAGACGCAAAGACAGGACAAUAAUGGGAAUCUGGGCGAGCAAGGAACCCCCUCCGCAGGUGGUGUUGGUCCCACCCCUUUUCGACUUUCCUCCGCUUGGAGCUCGAACCAGGUGUUUAUUUUGAUAUUUAUGCAGGAUGUUGGAGUCCUCGUAUGAUUUGUUAUUUGGAAAGCUUGCUCUGAAAUAUCUUUUCGAGGAUUACUUUGAUGACCCGGGGAACUUUAGUACAAAAAUCUUGCUAAAGCCUUUGGAUGACCCUCAUGUAGAUCUUAUUGCAACUGUUUCUGGUCCACUUUAUCGUAAGUCAGGAGGAACCGUUGGAAGUAAUGCACAGUUCCGUUGGCAAAGUGAUGUUGAUGAUCCUCACACAUUUGUUGACUUAUGUGUUGCAAACACUGAUCCGGUGUUACGGGUACGAUCUUGUGCAUAUUACCCAAAAUAUGGAUUUGGGGCCUUUGGAAUCAUCCCGCUUAUAACAAAGACAAGGAAAACACCUGAUGAUUAUGGUGUGAUGGGAUUGAGAUACGGCUCAGGGAAUCUUUCAUUUGGAAUGACAGUUGUUCCUUUCCCUAACUCUGAUGAGUUUCCUAGAAGUGCUUGGUUGGUCAGCAAGAUGGGUAGACUUACUGCCGGGGCACAAUAUGAACCACAAUAUGGAACCAAAGAUGAUUUUAGAUUUAAAAAUCUAAAGAACUGGAGCUGUGCAAUUGGAUAUGGAUUGGGGUCAGGCAGUCCACUGAGCCCUUCUUUCAACUUUGGUCUUGAACUGGCAAAUAGUUCCCAGUUUAUUGCCUCAUGCUACCAACAUGUUGUUGUUCAAAGAAAGGUACAGAAUCCCUUUGAGGAAAAUGAAAUAAUUGGAAUUACAAAUUAUCUCGAUUUUGGUUUUGAAUUGAAAACAAGGCUAGAAGAUAACAACAAAUCAGAUAAAUCUCAAGAAUCAACAUUUCAAGUAGCAGCAUCUUGGCAGGCAAACAAAAAUUUCUUGUUGAAGGGAAAGGCGGGGCCUUUAGGCUCUACUUUGUCAUUGGCAUUCAAGUCCUGGUGGAAACCUUCUUUUACUUUUAGCAUUUCAGCUACCAGGGAUCAUAUGGUGGGAAAUACGUCUUUUGGAUUUGGCAUUCGUGCGGAAAAUCUGAGAGAGGCCAGUUAUGAAAGAGCAGACCCAAAUUUUGUCAUGCUGACUCCAAGUAAGGAGCACAUAGCAGAGAGUGUGCUCUGGAAAGACCGGAAGGAGCCAUUUUGUCAAUCAGAUAUAAGUGCUGGAAAUUUUGAUGGCUUGCCCAAGGAGUUGAGACCUUUAGGAAGAUUUUUGUAGUCCUGUCCUUUUGUCAGCGCACAUGUUAAACCCAUAUCUGUGGAACUAUAAAUUUUAUCUUUGUCAAGAAAAUACUUUGUAUAAUUAGGAUUGCCUCCACUCAUGAGAAAACCUUUUAAAGCAGUGUAAGAAGAUUGUUGUCAAAAAAAAAAAGUGCAAGAAGAUUAAAGUUACAGUAGUUUCUUUUGUUGGCAGAAUCAUAGAUAUAAAGCAGAAAAAUGAAACAAUUACAAUUACCCUUGAACCUUCCCUGCUUUAAUGGCAAGGUUGUAAGCUUUUGCUACCUUAAUUCUAGCUACCUUUAAGUCUUA